ACUACAGCUUCCCCCUUAACUACUAACUUAGAAGACAAAGGGGCAGCUGCAACAAAUCUCGCCCAUGAAGUGGGUAAGCACGGUGCUACAGCACAUCCCUUUGUGGUUGGAAUUGAUGAUGGUGCUACAGCUAUCCCUCUCGGAAUCAAAGCAGGAGAAGAAGGUUGCCUAGCAUACCCUUUUGAGAGUGAUAAGAAAGAUAUGGAUGCCUUAGCGUACCCUUUGGAGAGUGAUACUUUACCAUCCCUUAGCGAGAACGAGGAAGAAGAAAUUGUUGACUCCGAGUGCCCUCUUGCCAUUAAGGAAGAAGACAUCGAUCAUUUACCAUCCUCCCUGGUGAUGGACGAAAACGGUCUAGAUGCCUCAGCAUGUCCCCCUUUGAUUGACAAAGAAAAUUCUGAUUCUUUAGCAUGCCCCCUUGUGGUUGAAGAAGAAGAUUCCAAUAACUCAGCAUGCUUCUCUGUAACUGGGGAAGAAGAUUUGGAGGCCACAGGAUGCCUUUCUGUUACUGAAAAAGAAGGUCCUAACUCUUUAGCACGCUCCGCAACUGAGGUGAACAAGCCUGAUGCCUCACGAUUCCCUUGUGAAAUCGAGGAAGAGGAUAUUGAUUCUUUAGAAUACAAUCCUCUGAUCGAAAAAGAGGACCUCAGUGAUUCUAUCUUCCCUCCAGAAAUUCAAACCGAUGACGAAGAAGGUGUAAUAAGUGAACAUGAAAAUAACGUUGGUUAUGAGGGUGCUGUAGCAGUUAAAUCUGAAAAGGAGGUAGUAGAAGAAGAACCCAGGAAUUGCCAAUUAGAGUACACGAAGGAUGAACAAGACGAUCUUGGAAACUAUUUGGACGACCAAAGUGAUGCUGUAAACCUUCUUGACGGAGAGGUUGGCGCACAAGAGUAUGAUGGUAAUGACCUUACUGCUGCGGAUACAGAAGAGAAUGGAAAUGACGAAGACAAGGAGUCAUCUGAAGCAACUCUUCUUGUGUAG